GCUCCUUUCCGUCAAAUGCCACUCUCUUCUCUUCGGUUAGAGUUCUGAAUUCUGAUUCCUUCUCGUACCUCGACAAACAUGUAUGUUUUGAUCGUUGAGCUCUGCAACGCAUAAGCGGAAUUCCAUAUUUGAGAAAAUUCUUCUGAGGAUGGAGUCCCUUUCGAAGGGCUCUAGAGGUGGGUUUGCAGAGCUUUGGCGGAGGCAGGUGGGUCUAUCUCAGCCCAGAAGCGUCGAACGACUGAUUGGCGGUUCCGAGGUUCUGGUAAAACGGAUCGAUCUGUAUGGGAAACUAGAUGGUCAUGAAGGUUGUGUCAAUGCAGUAGAGUUCAACUCUACAGGCGACUUUCUUGUCUCGGGUUCUGAUGACACAGAAGUCAUAUUAUGGAAUUGGGCAACUAGAACUAAAAAGCUCUCGUAUCCUUCUGGUCAUAUAGAUAAUAUAUUCCAAACCAGAAUCAUGCCAUUCACUGAUGAUAGAAAAAUAGUAACUUCUGCCGGUGAUGGCCAGAUCAGGCUUGGUCAGAUCUUGGAGGAUGGAUGGGUUGAUACAAAAAGGUUGGGAAAGCACCAAGGUCGUGUAUACAAGCUUGCUAUAGAGCCAGGAAGUCCCCACAUAUUUUACAGUUGUGGCGAGGAUGGUUUCAUCCAGCAUUUUGAUCUGAGAAGCCACUCUGCUACCAAGCUUUUCUGGUGCUCUUCCUUCACUGAAAACAAAACACCCCACACAAAAAUAGAAUUGAAUUCCAUUGUGAUUGACCCAAGAAACCCAAAUUAUUUUUCCAUUGGUGGUUCUGAUGAAUAUGCACGUGUUUAUGACAUCAGGAACUACCAAUGGGAUGCAUCAAGUAAUUCAGACAGACCAGUAAAUACCUUCUGUCCCCAUCAUCUGAUUGGCUACAAUGGUGUUCACAUCACCGGGUUGGCAUACUCUAAGAAGAGUGAGCUGCUUGUCUCUUACAACGAUGAACUUGUCUACCUAUUUCAAAAGAACAUGGGCAUAGGUCCUGACCCUCCGUCUGUUCCAGCUGAGAGUUUACAGAAACAGGAGCAACCACAAGUGUAUAUAGGGCAUAGGAAUUCACAAACAGUUAAAGGAGUAAGCUUCUUUGGACCCAGUGAUGAGUAUGUUUUGAGUGGGUCAGAUUGUGGUCAUAUAUUCAUAUGGAAGAAAAAGGGUGGUCAACUCUUGCGUCUAAUGGUGGGCGAUAGGCAAGUAGUAAACCAGCUUGAGCCCCACCCUCACUUCCCUGUUUUUGCCACUAGCGGGAUGGAAAAAAAUAUCAAGCUCUGGGCUCCUCUGGCUAAUGAUCCCAUUCCACUGCCUGACAAUGCAGAGGAGAUAAUGGAGGCUAACAGGCAGGGCAGGGAGGAUCGUUCACGGAUCACACUUAACCCUGAUGUUAUCAUGCAUGUAUUGAGGCUGCAGAGAAGGCAGACAUUGGCUUAUAUUGAAAGGAGAUACACCAGGGCUGAUCAAGACAGUGAUGGAGAAGAUGAAGGAGAAGCAUAUAUUUUUGGAUUGUCAGAUGGUGAUUCUUCUGAAGAAGGUUUGAAUAAUAGAGAAUGCAAUAUUAGCUAAUGUAUCAUGUAUAUAUAGUCUGUUAGCAACUAGCAAGCCAUUUUUUUAUCUAGUCAAAUCUACCCUUGUUUGCAAAUAAAAUGGAUGUAAGUUAUUCCAUGAAGUCCAAAUUUGGUGUCUACUCCUUUACAAGUUUACUCUACAGGUUUUUCUUUUUCCUGAAUUGGUGGAGAAACUCAUUAUUAACCCACUGUAAGGAAUACCAAGUUAACGACAAUAGAAUCUUGGGCACACUCAAACGUGGAAUAUUGGCAUUGUCCUCA